AGGCCUUUUGUUUUUCCUACAUGGCGGGAGCAAGAUUAGCAGCAAGGCUCACACACUCGCCCGCACACCAGCUCUCUCGCACAGCUGCCGCCGCCGCCGGCGCUGCGGCCGCUUGGCGCCGUCGCCGGGAUUCCGUUUCCCUCCCGCGAGGUUCUUUUUCAAAAAUGGCCUGCUCAGUUGGAUGCAGUGGAGACAGAAAGGUCACAAGGGUGCUAUUCUGCGGCCCCUAUUUUCCUGCUUCUACUAUUUACACCAAGGAGUAUUUGCAGAGCUAUCCAUUUGUUGAGGUUGACGAAGUAGGCCUUGAGCAGGUACCUGAUGUUAUUCAAAAGUACCAUAUAUGUGUUGUAAAAAAUCGACGCAUAGAUUCAGAUAUCAUUGCCAAGGCAACCCAGAUGAAGAUUAUUAUGCAAUAUGGUGUUGGGUUAGAAGGUGUCGAUGUAAAUGCUGCUACUGAACAUAAAAUUAAAGUUGCACGGAUACCUGGGAGUAUGACAGGAAAUGCGGUGUCUUGUGCGGAGAUGGCAAUUUAUCUUACCCUUGGUGUUCUGCGGAAGCAAAAGUUGAUGGAUAAUGCUGUCAAUCACAAGGACCUGGGCAGUCCAACAGGAGAAACAAUAUUUGGCAAAACAGUCCUUAUCCUGGGAUUUGGAGCCAUAGGCGUGGAAAUUGCCAAGAGGCUAAAACCAUUUGGCGUAAAAGUUCUUGCUACUAAAAGAAAUUGGUCAUCAGGUUCAUUGCCAUGUGAUAUUGAGGGGCUUGUAGAUAAAAAAGGUGGACCAGAAGAUAUGUAUGAGCUUGCUGGAGAAGCUGACAUAGUCAUAACUUGCUUGCUACAAACCAAUGAAACAGUUGGAAUUGUUGAUAAUAUGUUCCUCUCAGCGAUGAAAAAGGGCUCAUGUCUGGUCAAUAUUGCUAGAGGACGUCUACUGGAUUAUAAGGCUGUGUUUGAUCACCUCGAAUCAGGUCAUUUAGGUGGUUUGGGCAUUGAUGUUGCUUGGACAGAGCCAUUUGAUCCAAAUGAUCCAAUUCUGAAAUUCUCGAAUGUUAUUUUAACACCACAUGUGGCUGGAGUCACCGAAUACUCUUACAGAACUAUGGCAAAGGUUGUUGGGGAUGUUGCUCUCCAGCUUCAUUCAGGAGAGCCAUUCACCGGAAUUGAAUUCGUGAACUAGAUCCAGAGGUGGCAGCCGGCCUUGAUGUUGUCUGUUGAAUUCAGACAGAGUACUGGAAUUGUUUGUGUGCAUUGCUUCAUGUGCAUAGGGAAUAACUUAUUGGCAAUGCCAGUAAGAAUUAAUUUUUGCUCUCCCGAGAUUGAAUUUGACUGAAGCAAAAUUACACACUGCAGCAAGUCUGUCCGAAUUGAUCUGCUCAAAAGAAACAAGAAUAGUGUUUUUUUUGCCUUA